AUGGUGGUGCACGUGGAUGACCUGCUCUUUGCCGGGUGCAAGGCGGCCCUGGAGAUCCUCCGAAAGAUCGGGAAGGAACUGGGAUUCGGUGCGCUCUCGCACUCGGAUUUCCAGUACUGUGGACGCCGAAUCCGGCGCCUCCCGAAUGGCCACGUGGAGAUCAGCAUGGUUGAGUACCACGAGAACCUCCACGUGCCCGUUGUCUCACGCGCCGACCGCAAGGACUUGGAGCGAGCGCUCAGUCCCAGCGAGGUCCGACGGCUGAGGACCGUCGUAGGCAGCCUGCAGUGGUUAGUCAGCCAACUGCGCUUCGACCACGGCUUCGCCUUGAGUUCUUUACAGAGCGAGCAGCCGCCCACCGUGGGAACCUUACUGAAGGCGGCGCAGCUUGCCCGGGAGCUCAAGAACGACGCCCACUUUACCCUUACGUACCGCCCGGUCGACGUGUGGAAAGGUGGACUAGUGACUGUAUCGGAUGCAGCGCUGGGAAACGUGAAUGCGGACGUCAAGGGGAACCUCAAGCUGUUCUCCCAGGGCUGUUACGCCGUGCUACUUGCCGACGAGGAGUUGGUGAAGGGCCGCCGUGGGGUGUUCAACCUCCUCGACUUUCGGUCGCACAAGAUCGCCCGGGUCUGCCGUUCGUCUUACGCGGCGGAAACCUUGGGAGUCGAGGAAGCGCUCGACGCAGGGGAACUGUGUCGCGCGUUCCUGGCGGAAGUCCGAGGAGCGUCCCUCCUGCGGGACCGUCGGUCCGUCUACAGCGUGCCGUUGGUGGCAGUUACCGAUGCCAAAGACGUGCAUGACCGCUGUAGCAACGACCUUGGCUUUGGCGCCCAAAAGAGCUUGGUACUGACGUUGGCUUCGCUUCGUCAACAGCUCAGGGAGCCGAAUACGGCCAUGAGAUGGACCCACACCGACAACUUGUUUGUCGAUGGAGGUACGAAAGAGAUGGAUUCCGGAGCUCUGCGUACUGUGCUGUCCCGUGGGACGUGGAGUAUAGAGCACGAACCGGAGUUCGUCAAGUCCAAGAAGGGCAAAAAGAAGCCGGCUCCAACGACGGAGAGUGUGGACCAGGCCCUGCCUGGAGAGCCUUUGCCAGACGGCGACCUGAAGAACUACGUCACCAGGCUAGCCCGGCAACCCGGCUGGCACUCGGAAGACGGUGUCUUGGUACAGGUGGCUGAAGGAGCUAAAAGCUUCAGAUGCCCGGAGCCCCGAGCCUCAAGGCUUGCGAAGCCUCUUCGGACUACGAUCGGCCUCUUCGAAGUCGGCAAGGGACAGAUGCAGUGGCGUGUCCUCGAGCUUGAUGCUUUGUACAGUGAGGAGCCACAGCCUAAUGGCAAGCUACCCCGGCCUUCUGUGACUUUGGCCACCUUCUUUCAGGGCACCUUUGGGCAACCAAAAACUUUAGACCUGUGUGAAGAUUGA